UAUAAAAGCAUUCUUAAGUAUUCACAAACACUUCGUUCUAGAGUGAAAUUCAACACAAAACGGUUGAGUUGAAGCGGGUAUUUGAAAAAAAAAAACGAUCGUUUAUAUUUGUAACUUACUGUUAAUACGCAAAGCUUUUUUAAAUUAUUGCGGGGUUUACAAGAAAAAAUAAAAAAGUUGGCGUGUUGAAAAAGAAAAAGGAUCAAAUAAUAAGAAAAUGUUGAAUAUAAUAAAAUUAGCAAUAUUAAUACAAAUUUUACAAAUUUCUUCAGUGAUAUCAACCGAAAAAUUUAUACGACGUUUUCCCAAAGAUUUUAUAUGGGGCGUGGGUUCAUCAUCCUAUCAAAUAGAAGGAGGUUGGAAUGUCGAUGAUAAAGGAGAAUCUAUAUGGGAUUUUAUGACACAUAAUCAUCCAGAAAAGAUUGCCGAUCAAUCAAAUGGUGAUGUAACAUCUGAUAGCUAUCAUCAGUGGCGCCGAGAUGUUCAAAUGUUGCGCGAGUUAAAUGUUAAAGUUUAUCGUUUCUCGAUAUCAUGGCCCCGUAUUUUGCCCACUGGUCAUAUGAAUCAUGUUAGUACUGCUGGCAUUAAGUACUAUAGUAAUUUGUUGGAUGAACUUUUACACUAUAAUAUUACACCCAUGGUGACAAUGUAUCAUUGGGAGCUGCCGCAGCGUUUACAAGAAUUGGGCGGUUGGACCAAUGCUGAAAUUAUACCUCUUUUCAAAGACUAUGCUCGUUUAUUGUUGGAAAUGUUUGGAGAUCGUGUAAAAAUUUGGACUACCAUUAAUGAACCCUGGCAUGUGUGUGAACAUGGUUAUGGUGUGGAUUACAUGGCUCCUGCUUAUAAUUAUCCUGGUAUACCUGCUUAUUUGUGUGGUCAUAAUUUACUUAAGGCCCAUGCCGAAGUAGUGCAUAUGUAUCGUGAUGAGUAUAAGAAAUCUCAAAAGGGUCGUAUGGGCAUUACAGUGGAUGUUUCUUGGCCUGAACCUAAAACAGAUUCAAGUGAGGAUCGUGAGGCUUCCGAGAGGGCUAUGCAAUUUUAUGUGGGUUGGUUUGCUCAUCCUAUAUUCUCCCGUCAUGGUAAUUAUCCCUCAGUAAUGAUUGAUCGUAUCCACAAUCUUAGUAAGGAGCAGGGUUUUACACAAACUCGUUUGCCCGAAUUUACCAAAGAAGAGAUACAACGCAUUAGAGGCACUUCCGAUUUCUUUGGCAUUAAUACUUAUACGACAAAUUUAGUAACCAAAAAUGAUCAUAAUAAUUCAGCCGGAUUUCCAGUACCUUCUUUCAAUCACGAUAUGGGUGUGGUGGAAACGCAAGACCCCAACUGGACGGGGUCGGGAUCAGUGUGGCUUAAGGUUGUGCCCAAGGGAAUGUAUAAUUUAUUGAUGUGGAUUAAACGUGAGUACAACAACCCCAAUGUGAUUGUCACAGAAAAUGGUGUUAGCGAUCGGGGAGGUUUGGAGGAUUAUGCUCGUGUUGAUUACUACAAUAUGUAUUUGAGUGCUGUCUUAGAUGCUAUGGAAGAUGGUGCCAAUGUUGAAGGUUAUAUUGCUUGGAGUUUGAUGGACAGUUAUGAAUGGAAGGCUGGUUUUACAGAAAAAUUCGGUCUGUAUCAUGUAGACUUUACAGAUCCUCAGCGCAAACGUACACCUAAAAUCUCAGCCAGAGUAUUUUCCCACAUCUGUAAGACUCACACCAUCGAUUGGAACUAUCGUCCUUCAUUGGACAAUGAACAAAUUCAUGCCAUGUCCAGAUUAUCAGAUUUGGAAACAAACUCAGGGAUAAAAAAUAAUUAUGCUAAUCAAUUCCUAACAUGUACUUCAUUACUUUUAACAAUAAUUUUAGCUAAAAUUUGUAUUAUUUAAAACUAAGUUAAUUAUAAAUUGUAUUAUUUUUAUUAUUAUCAUUAAAUAUCUAACUGGCCUAACAACUAUCAGUUAGAUCUUUUGAUCACUCGUUGCGUAAGAAAGACAAUCAAGUGCCAGUGAGAUCACAUUAUCACAUUUGUACAUAUAUCUCACCUGGUCUCAUCCAUUGUCUUAUUGUUUCGACGUCAUAUCUUGUCUUGUUUUUACUCUAGUAUAAGCCGCCCAAAAAUAAUGUUGAAAAGACUUUUUUGUUUUUUUAUCUUGUUUUUGUAUUAUUUUUUUGUUUGUAUUAUAUAUGUAUGAAAUAAAAAACUUUAAAUAAAAAUACAUAAAAUGUUAAUAUAGAAAAAAAAUUAACAAUAAUAAUAAUAAUGAUAAAUAAAUUAUUUGUUAU